AUGGUAGUAAAGUAUAAUGAACAAACGGUGAUGACAGCGUCGAUUCCGUUAACUAAGACAUCGACGAACCUGGCAUCAUAUAAAGAGAUACAGGGAGCGUAUAAGUUGCUCACCAAAUACAAGUCGGCAAUUGACUUCAUCGAUAAGAAGGCCAAUAAGAUUAUCGUUACGGAUAAUAUGCCCCUAUGGCAGGCCCUCGAGAGAAAUGAAGAACCAAGAAACGACUUAGAGGUGUAUGCAGCGCGCAUCCGUGCCUUGUACAAGGCAGUCUACCAGCAUAUUCCAGGAGGCCAGAACCCGGCCGAUUUUUAUUCAAGGAGACACCGUCUCCUCACUUGA